UGCACCAUCGACUUCCAGCACGACCCCAUCAAGCCCUGCAAGUCUGUGUGCGAGCGGGCCAAGUGCGGCUGCGAGCCGGUCAUGAAAAAGUACAACCAUACGUGGCCAGAGACUCUGGCCUGCGAGGAGCUGCCCGUCUACGACCGAGGAGUCUGCAUCUCACCUGAGGCGAUAGUCAAGGCGGAGGGGCCAGAUAAUCCUUACUAUCAAGACCCUUCAAAAUGUAACCCUGAAGGAAAUCCAGACUUCCCAAUGGAUUCACAUAAUGCCAACUGCAAAGGAGCUAAUGAUCGGUGCGAAUGCAAGUCUGUGAGACUUGGUCAAAAGACAUAUUCAAAGAACAAUUACAAUUAUGUCAUCCGGGCAAGAGUGAAAGAGAUCAAGACUAGAAAUCAUGACCUGAGCGCCAUCGUGGAGGUCAAAGACGUCCUGAAGUCUUCUCUGGUCAACAUCCCUCGAGACACCGUCACUCUUUAUUAUAACUCGGGGUGUCUGUGUCCUCCGCUAGCAGCCAAUGAGGAAUAUAUCAUCAUGGGUUAUGAAAAUGAGGAAAGGUCCAGACUGCUGCUCAUUGAUGAAUCCAUUGCACAGAAGUGGAAAGACAAAAUUGGCCGGAAAGUGAAGCGCUGGGACCAGCUUUUGCGUGAGCAGAGCCGAGCAAACUCAGGCAGGAGCAACAAGAGACGGAGCCGCAACUAACUGUCCUUAGAAAAACCACACGGACAAGCCAAAGAGGAGAGGGGGUUCAAAAACUGAAAAAUUGCACUAUUGUACUUUUGUUUGUUUGUUUUUCAUUUUUGGCUGAGACUGUUU